ACAAUUACCAAACAAGCCUCCCACCAAAGAGGACUAAAGACUUGAGUUUCUGGCCUUCAAAAUUGUUUGGACUUUUAAGGUAACUCAAGUGGUCGAGUGCGGAAUAAGUGUGCAUUGGAAGACAGCUAGAGAGCAUAAUUUUCUUGGCAUUUGUUAAGUUUCCUAAACUGUUUUUAACACAACUACUCGUAUAGCUUUCUCUUAUUGGAGGCACUCUCACAUUUUUCCUUUUGGAAUGUGGAACAAUGAGAGUGACACUUGUUGUCGCCUCGCGUAUCCGAUGGUCCACGUUGCUGCUAUAUGGAUGGACACGUGAUUCUCAACACACAAGGGGUUCUUGAUUCAGUGGUUGCACCUGCAAAAGGCAUCCGGACAGGGUGUCCGGACGCACCCUCCGAUGGUUUUAUUAGCCAUGGUGAGAAAGAGAUAUAUAAAUCAGUUGGCUUUUUUCUAGGUAUCAAGAGGUUACCAGGAGAUCCCUUUCUUCUUCGUGCGAAGGUAUAUAUAUCCAGCUUCAGGGGUACUGUUCCUCUCAUUAAUGGUGAGGAGAUCUUUUCUGUUGUGAUGAUGACAAUAGGUGUUAGUAGGAGCAAUAUCAUCCUAUGAAUGGCUGUCAGAGACUAUGGUAGGUGAUGCGGCCGUCAGAGAUCGUGGGAAGCGAUUAUGCAGAAUGAUCGUGGGAAGUGACUUGCUGUCACUUCCUCUUGUCUUCUCAUUCUGCAGGUGAUGGGAUGUGGACCAUGGCUGCUUGUUGUGGUUGCGUGUAAGACUCGCUUUACUUUAAUUGACCAUCCAGAAGAUUUAUAUCCGGAUGGCUCAUGCUGACUAUCCGGAUGUGUUGUGGAGACUAUCCGGAUGUGUACGCUCUGCCAGCGUCGUUUGCUCUUCCUUGGAUAGGAGAAGAUGAAACGUCGUUUGCCUUUCCUUGAGGCGGUCCGGAUAGGAUGUCUAUACCAUGCAUAUCCUUAGGGGAAUCCGGAUAAUGAUGGUCCGGCUGAUAGGGGAAUCCGGAUAAUGAUGGUCCGGCUGAUAACACGUGCCACGCGUCACUAUGAGCCGCGUGCCACGUGUUUCCCAAGGGGAGGGGUCCCUACAUUGCCCCCCUUUUUAACUUGCCUAUUUUGCCCAAAAAAUGGGCGGGUUAAAAAUAACUGGCUUUUGAAAACUGAAGAAGUCUCUUCGUCUGACUGGGCCACGUGGCGAGUGGGGGUGCGGAAGCCAAAAAGGCAUUUUUUAUGACGAGCCGCCGACCCUGCGUAUCCCCAGACAAUAUGUCGUUUCAAUGAUAACAUGGCUGUUGGUUUGGCUUUCCGAGGGGCUGUCCUGCUAUAAAUAGGGUACUGUACCUCUUUUUGUAUUUUUUCCUACUGCAUUCUCUUGAGAGUCUUUCUUCUUACUGCUUUUUCUACGCCCUUUGCUUUUCUGAGAAAAGAAAAAAAAAGACUCCGAAAGCUCUUUUGUACCAGUGCUUUUGUAUCGCAACUUUGUUGGUUUGCUGCUGGUGAUUUCGUAUCAAGGCGGUACCCGUUCUUCUUCUUCGGUGCUGUAUUUGAUUUUGCUUUGGCUUUGUGGUAAGAAAUGGCUCCAAAAAAGACUGUUUCGUCUGUCCGGGUCAGCGAGGCUAGCGAAAAGGCGAUAGACAAAUUAAAUGCGAAGGAGUUCCGGGAGCGAUUCCUGAUCCCCCAUGACGUGUUGAUAGACCUGGUGAACGAGGAGGCGGCUAUGCCUACUGAGAAAGGUGGAAAAAACGCUAUCCUCUUCACAAAGGAACAAUUCAACGCGGGGCUCCGGUUCCCUCUGCCGGCGUUGUUCAAGGAAUUCCUCCACUUCUCUCAAAUUCCCCCCAUCUUUAUUCACCCCAACCUUGUCCGGGUGCUGAUGGGAUGCAGCAUCAUCAACAUGCUGUACAGCCUCGACCUGACGCUACUGGAAGUGUUCUUUGUCUAUUCCCUGAAGAAAGCAAAGAAUGAUAUCUUCAGUGUGUCCGCUCACCUGCCCUCCCUUCAAAUGGUGACAGAACUGCCAGAUUCGACAAAGGGAGGGGCGAAGGGGCUGGUGGCAGUCUGGGGUGGAUGGGCGGGGCUAUCGCAGCAUCCGUCGAGGCCUUUUUCUCCGAAUUAUACCCUAAAAGUUCCGGGUUUGGAAUUGAGGGGCCACCUUGUGGAUUGGGUGGAAAAGGCAUCCUUUGCCUGUGUCUGCAAAUUAUUUGAAAUAGAUCCCAAGGAGAGGGCCUACAAAACAUUGCUCUCGGCGCGGAAUUUGACAGAGGUCGUCCGGGAGCCCCAGGAAUAUGUUAUCAACAUCCUUCCUAGGAAAUUGGCAAAGGAUGAGAUAGUGCCUGGGGAGCAUUAUACAGUGAAAGAGCUCCCCCUCUAUCAGGAAGCUAAAGAAGCUGACGCUGAAAGGCGGCGAAAGCUCCUGGAGGAUAGAGAUCAGAAAAAGACUGAAGGCACUAUCCGGAAGGCUCCCGGGCAGAAGCGGGGUCCGGACUCCCCUCCGAAGAAAACUUCAGGAAAAAGGGGGAAGCUGGUGAAGAAGCAUGGGAAGGAUGCGAAGGAACCCACUCCUCCCAAGGAGUUUCCUCCUCCACAAACUACCUAUGAGGGGGAAGUAAUGAUAGAGGAGCCAGUAAAUGCUGCUCCGCAUUCUAUCUCAAGCGGCCCCGGGCGCAUGUCGGGGUUGAAUCACUCAGGUCCCUCCUUAAUCGCGGCUGCGCGUCUAGCCAACGUGGCUGAGGAAGCUGCAUCUAUCAACCAUCCGGGCAACCUCAAUCCGGAUGCAGCUGAAACGGCCCCGUUGGAGGAAGCGGGGGCAGAAAGCCAAAGUCAGCCUUCCGACGACCCGGAUCGCCUGGCUAUAGUCCUGGUGAAAGAGCCUCCCCUCAAGAAGCCGCGUUUGACGCGCGAUCUACAGUCCGGACUCUUUGAGCGGCUUCAAGAGCGGCAGCAAGAGAUUGAAAUUAGUUGCGCUUCUGCCCAUGACGCUCAUCCGGAUGGAGGCGAGGUGGAGAUGGCUACUGAGACCUCAGCCGUUCCGGCAAUAAUUCCGGCUGAGGAUGCAUCCGGACCUAUGUGCCCGGACGAAAAUAUGGGGGCUCCGAUUCCGGGACACGAGCUACCCUCUCCUUCCUCAUCCGAGGAGCAAUCUGCUGAUGAUGCCGCUCCCGCUAGCCCUUUCAGCUACGCGGAGUUGGAAGCUAAGUUAAAGCAGAUUACUCCUGACUGGAAAGCCAUCAAGCCCUCUGCUAAGAUGUUUGAUAUGAUAGAAACGCUGGUGAGGGGCCUCCGCAGCAUGUCUCAACAACACGCUCUUUUUACUCAGCUGCUGCAGACCGCAGACUAUAUGAGGACCUUCUCCUCUCGGCACCAAGAGAUUGAAAAUCAACUGCGUCUGAGAAUGGAGGAGGCUGAGGCCAGUCUAUCCACCAUGCGAGAGGAAAAUGAAGCCCUCCGGGUGGAGUUGGCUGAGGCAAAGGGUCAAGAAGAAUCAACUGCGGGCCGCCUUCAUGAGGCGGAGGGUGAGGCAGCCCGGCUAAGGGAUGAAUUGAGUCGACUCCGGACAGAAGUUUUGAAUGAAAAGAAACAGAAGGAAGACUUGCAGCUGCGUCUGGAUGUGCAAAAAGAGGAACUUGAACGGGAGUUUGCUGUGGAAAGGGAGGAACUUGCAGCGGAUUACCAGAGACAAGUGGAUGAUACAUUUAUCUUUGGGUAUCGCUGCUGCAUGAAGAAGAACGGUAUAAAGCGAGAUACCCCUUCAAUUCCUCCAAGUGAAGAAAAGAAGCUCCAUGAGAAACCUGCUCCCCGAUAGUUUAUAUCUUCUUGCAAUUUUUCUGCUGUAAUUUUUCCUUCUGUAUAUUUUUGUGGUCCGGAUGUCUCUUUGUAAUUUACAUUUACUCAUAUCAAUAAAACUUACUUCUUUCUCA